AGCGUGUUCUUGGUAUGUGAGAUGGGGUGAAAGGUCAGGUGCAAAAGCUUGCAGACGAUCAAUCAGCUUACAGCUUGUCAGCAGGAUCAACCAGCACUUAACAAAUAGGAUUAAAGUGUCCAUCUGCUCACCUGAGACGAAGCCACCAGGCAAGCUUCCUCCCUCCAUCUCGUCACCAAACGACGUCUGGACAAGUGUGAGGGACGUUACGCAUGAGCUGAGGACGUGCGCUGCGCCGUUGGGUUCGAGAUGGCGGGAAUGCAUCGUGGGUUGUGGCUAUGGACGUUAGGGCUGCUGCUCUUGUCAGGCUGCGUCGACAUGGACACAGGUGAUGAGACGGAGGGUUCUUCUGAAGACCUGCAGCUUAUGUUAAGGCAUCAUGGAUCCAUGACUCGCAGGAAAAGGAACCUUCUGUUUCCCAGCGGAGUGAAACUUUGCAGUCAGGAGACGUUAGACCAAGCUGUCUCCAACCAUCUCAACUACUUUCAUCUCAGAGUGUGCCAGGAGACAGUCUGGGAGGCCUUCAAGAUAUUCUGGGACCAGCUGCCAGAUCGUGACCAGUACCGGGACUGGGUGGGCCGCUGCAUGGAUGGCUCCAUUAGCAUCAAGGAGAUUGGCACGUUCUUCAGUCAAUCGGAAGAGCACCUCAGCCUCAUUAAGAGCAGGGUUGGCAUGGCGGCGCCCAUAAGCAGUGUUCCCAUCAGCUCAGGCCCACCUCUGUGCAGUUCUGAAAGUUUGCCAGGGAUUCCGGUUGGAGGACAUUUGACCAGUGCCCAGCCAGAAACCUCUGGUCACGAGGCCACAACUUGGACACCCUCACCCUCUACACUUGAGGAAGUCCUUGAAAGAGAAUUAACAAAGACUCCUGAGGAGUUGACCUACGACACUGUUGUUGUUGUUGCGGCAGAUGAGUCGCUAGACUGCGGCUCUAACGUCGGAAGUCACGCUGACAAGACCACUAAGGUUUCUCCUGAUGCUAUUGUAACGCUAAUCUCUAAGCCGACUGCCCAGGUCCCACAAGAGGAUAGUCAUACAGGGGUCAUCACUUUGACCGAGGAGGCUUUUACAGAUACAGUUCAAUCAGUCACCCUGGCUGAAGAAACAACAUUGGAAAAGGAGAAAAUAAGUUCUAUGAACGAUCCAUUUGAUGUUGACGAUAGUGCCACAAAUGAGGAAGAGCCAACGGUGGCGACAGAAGAAACUAUUAAAUUAGAUGAUGUGGCACGGGGAGAAGAACCCAUUGAAGAAACAGAUGAAAAUCUAGCUGAAGCACCAAUUCGAGCUGCAGAGUCAGAGAUUCUCGCAGAAACUGUGGAAGAAGCACCACUGUCACAUGAUAUGAAGCUCGGGGAGGUAACUGACCAAUCCAUAGGAAAUGAUCCUGGACCUGAAGUACCAGAUACACACAGUAUCCACCUUGACACAACAUCGGCCAAGAAGACCCCUGAAGCUGGUGAGGAAACGGCUGAGUCCACAACUAAAGGUUCUGAACCUGAAACUCCUCCAAUUCAAACGGACAUGGGUGAGUCACAUCCUGAGUCUGUUGACGAUCCAAGACCAGUUAUCUUUGUGGAGAGUUCAGAGGAGUUACUGCCAGGUACUGAGUCCGAGCUGCAAGAAAUUAUGAAAGAACUUCAGGAAGACCCUGAGGUGGACCUUCCAUCUGAAAUGACCACGCAGAGUUCUACACUUGAAGUUGAUAUCACAGAAAUAUUUCCUGCGAUUGAGGAAGCGCUUCUGGGUAAAGAUCUUGGCCCAUCCUCUGAGGAUUUAGAAAGUAUCCAGACACAUCUUGCAGAGGUUCCUGCUGACAAUGUCCAGCUCAUCUCUACAGGAGAAGGAAUACAUACAGAGGCACCUCUCCAUCAAGCUGUUGUUGAAGCCACUUUGGAGAGUGAUGCUAAGGUUGAGGUCACACCGAGCAGUUACAUGGUAGCCACCACAACAUAUAUUGUGGAAUACAACAAUGGCAACUUCCCAGAUUCCACAGAAAGCCCUCUGAAGGCCGAUGACAACUUGCUAGGUCUCCCGUUUGAGGACCAGCAGAACUCGCUUCAUAAUGAAAUUGACAACACCUUCUCGAGGCCUCUGAAGGACCAGAUGGUGGAGCUGAGCAUUACACUGAGAGAAGAAUCCUAUAACGGUGCUUUGAGGGACCCGAGUAGUGUCCGCUACCAGCAACUAGUUCGACACUUUACCCGCAGGGUUAGAGAUGCCUUUGAGAAACUGCCAGGCUUCAAGAAUGUCUUUGUCAUCGAAUUCAGACCUCAAAAGGACCUGGAACGGGGUCUGGUGGUCCACGUCCACUAUGCCAUCACUUUGGCAGCAAAUAGUGAUGGCAUCUCUGAUGCUACGAUGGAUUUCAUCACGCUACAGAACAACCUGGUGGAGAAGAACUACCCUGCUGCUGCCGAGGAGCCAACUGUGGUUUACACUAUCACAGAUUUACGCAACUACAUUACGGAAGCUCUACGCAAAGACAACUUCCUGACCAACAGUAGUCUGGGGACAGAGAACGAUGAGAAUCUGUUUCCUCCAGGAAAACCGACGAGUCGACCAGCUGACAUCUAUGACAACAUGGAUAACGUCCUUGCUGCAGAGAGACCACCCGAUGAACCGACUCAAGUUAUGGAGAACAGUGACAUUUAUCUGAAAAAGGAUGAGUUCCUAUUUGACCCCACGUGGAAAAAUGUAAAGAGUAAAGCUGUGAGCGAAAAUGACGUUUUCACAGUUGAUGAGAGUACAACAUUUUUACCGAUCCCAGAGAGGAUAGCAGCUGAUGAAAAUAUUGAAAAGGAGGGUUUUCUUGUGAGCAAUGCUCCUGGUGCUGAAAACCAACCCGUCCAAGAGGAUCAUAAAGCUUCCAAUGCUUCACCUCCUCAGAAAGGUCUUGAGGUCACAAUGGAUUUUGAAUCUGGCUCUGGUUUCUCGGGAGACGGGCAGGAUGAAUUUCUUCAGUCUGUAGAAGUAAGCUUUUAUGGUGAAAGUCAUCUAGAGUCCCUGCCACCACCGGAUCUGGAAGAGGAUGAUGGAAUCCAGAAAGCAAUUGAAGCUUUUGGUCAGUCACUAACCAAUCAGGAUGGCGUCAUGGGUUUCAAGCCUACCCCUUCUACACUGUUACACACUUACACACUUCCUACAUCAGAGGCCUCUAUGCCAGACAUAGAAAACCCAUUGUUGGAUCAUGUUUUAUUUCCACCUCAUAUUAGCACAAACCCACCGUUCUCUACCGCUGAUCCACCCGUAUUUUCACCAAUAGGCACCUUGACAGUUGAGUUGUCGGUACAAACAGUGGAAGCAUCUGGCCUCUAUGAAGAUUCUCGGAUGACGCAGGAUCAACACAAUUCGGUGGCAUUUAUGGGCGCACCUCAGCUGCAGACCUCGGCAGAUGAACACCCAGAAGUGGCAGUGACAAGCGAAUCCACAAAAGCUUUUCUCAAGACCACACAAGGGGCAUCGGUUGAAGAAGGUAUGACAGUUAUAGGCGAAGAAUCACACUUUGAGGCCAUACCUUCUCAAUCUCCUCUUGAGGAAAACCUACCUGAAGAACCCAGUUUGCCACUUCCAGAAACCCAUCAUGAUAAGGUUGAAGUGUUAGAGGACCAACUUAGCCUCUUAACGCAGCAAACAACAGCUGUCAUUCCACUCGAUGAAGACCUGGUUGUAGAUGAAAUUUUAGCUGUCACAAUGACUACAACCACCGCUCCUGUUACCACUUCAACUCCUGUUAGUUCAGACCCUAACCCUAUUGCUCUUUCUCCUGAGAAGGAUUCACCUUUCACUCGCGUGUCAGAUUCGGCGCCUGAAGACGACGACUCUCAUAAUCCUGAGCACUCCAAUCAUGAAGAUCAUGGUCUAUUCAGCACGGUGUCAUCAGAAGUCAACGUAAAAAAACCAGAUGAGGAUUUAGGAACAAAUUUGGAAGUCCUCCAAACGGUAACUCCAAUGCUUCUGGAAAACAGCGACAGUACAGAAGCGACCGAAAUCCAGACUAUCAAGCACUCUGGUGUGACAGACAUGGAUGUCACCCUUGACGUGUUCCAGUAUGGCAACAUGGUAACAGAUGGUGACAGCAGCGGCUACUCCAGCGGGGCACAGGGCUCAGAGCUAGAUGCUAUUGCAUUGCCGACCAGGCCGAUCCAAGCCCUGACGGUGUUUUUCAGACUCAGGGUGACCAACAUGGCAUUCUCUAUGGACCUUUUCAACAAGAGCUCCUCUGAAUACAAAGCCUUGGAGCAACGGUUCCUGCAACUGCUAGUUCCACACUUGCAGUCCAACCUAAACAAUUUCCAGAAUUUAGAGAUCCUCAACUUCAGAAAUGGCAGUAUUGUGGUCAAUAGCCGCAUGAGAUUUGGCAAACCCGUUUCGAGAGGUGAUGCCAAUAAUGUUUUCCUCAUCCUUGAGGACUUUGCUAACACUGCCUACCAGACCAUGAACCUGGCCAUUGAUAAGUACUCACUGGAUGUUGAAUCAGGUGACAAAGCGGACCCCUGUAAGUUCCAGGCAUGUAAUGCCUUCUCACAGUGUAUGGUCAAUCGGUGGUCCGGCGAGGCUGAGUGCGUUUGUGACGCUGGAUAUGUGAGCGUGGACGGUCUGCCUUGUCAGAGCAUCUGUGACGUGCAGGAAGACUUCUGCCUCAAUGAUGGCAAAUGUGACAUCAUUGCUGGCAACGGCGCCAUCUGCAGGUGUCGUGUAGGAGAGAACUGGUGGUACCGUGGCGAACACUGUGAAGAAUACGUCUCUGAGCCACUGGUGGUCGGCAUUGCCAUUGCUUCAGUCGCGGGUUUCCUUGCGGUCGCGGCCGGAAUCAUCUUCUUCUUGGCCAGGACUCUGCGUGAGCAGUAUGACACGGACGACAUGGAGGAUCCACUGAGACGAGGUGACAGCGUGCCAUCUCUGGAACGUGCCACUAAAUUCAACCCCAUGUUUGAGAGCGACCCGGUCACGACCCAAUAUUACCGUCGCUAUGACGACGAGCGUCCCCAGUACAGCAGCCCCACGACCACGUCUAACGAGCUCAGUAGCGAGGAGGUCCGACAUAUCUACCAGAACAUGACGCUCACCAAAGAUGAGAUCCAGGAGCGUCUAAAGCUCAUCGAGCUGUGCGCCAGGGAUCAACAUUUUGCAGACUUUGUGCGGCAGACACAAGUAUACCUGGAACGACGAGGCAGCUCGACCACAUAACGGGUUGCAAGCUUAAAGGGGUGGCCCCCAUGUACCAGUCGCCAUGAACCUGAUUCAUUUACUGGCAAUCUUGAGUGUUCAAAUCGCUCCCUGAAGUAGACGAACAUUGGUUAGGUUAACUACCGUCUUUCUACAAAGUCAGCUGCCUUUGCUUGCGACUGUCAAAGUGCUGACUUGCGCGGGCGUAAUUCCUGAUUGGACUGGGUGGUGAUGAGAGUUUCUUUUUUUUUUUUUUUUGGCAAGGCAACUUUUGAAUAUUGGCCCUAUUCACGGCCGUGUCUGAUCUUUCGGUUGUUGUUGGCCGGUUUCAUUUGUUUUUUCAACUUAUUAGAUUUUCUCCUUCCCUUUCUUGCUUCACUUCAAGGGCCUGAUUCACUAAGAUCACAUCUAGCGGGCACUAAAUUGUGUUAUUUUGUUCAUUCACUCUAACAGAUUGAGCCGUGUUGGCAACGAGUAUAAAAGUGGUGACUAUAAUUAAAAGAGGGUUUUGCACUUUAUGUAACUGGAAAAUUUGCGAGCGCCGCAAUCCCACAAUCAAAUUUGAAGUGAUUGAGUUGGACGUGUUCGUAAAAGGCAAACAAACAUUGCUUAACAGAUUUUUUUUAUUUUUGCAUGAUUCAACUUACUCUAUGUGCAAGGCAAUUGGAUGCAUCUCCCCCAUCCUAUGGAAAAUGGUAGAGGUCACUGCCAUUACUCCAGAGUGCUGGACUGAGCCAGACACAAGGAGCUGCCUUCCAGAAUCUGCAAAAUGAACAACAGGGCAAUUUAACAUUCUUGCCAGUGCAAACCUUUAGUAAAUCAGGCCCUAAAUAUUUUUUGCUGCUGUGAUGUCAUGUCCUUGUUGCUUCCACUGUCAAUCGAUUUCUCUGAUGCUGCUCGCGCUCUGCAAGAGAUGUAGCGAAUUUGUCCUCUUUCCAGAAACCUUCUGUUUUCCCGGGUUUGUUCUUUAGGCCGACGUGCGCCUCCUCAGUGCCUUGGUUGCUCUGUUAGCUUGUGGACAUGAAGCAGCUCGGGGCCCUGGAAACAACUUACGCGUUUCAACCUGGAUCAGUGAACUUGUUCCUCUUGUCUCGGUCUGGUCACCCGCCUGUACAGUGCAGCCAUGCACCCUGCAUGUUUACAGCAGUCAUAGAUGAAGAGUAGCCUGGCGAUACAUUUCCAUUUUUUUUUUAAACGAUAACCUGGUGUCGCUCUUACUAAUAACAUUUCAAACAUGUCUGUUUUAUAUAUUUCUAUAUUUUAAUGGUAAUUUAGCAAAAAAGACCCACAAUUCUGACCCACUUUUCUCAAGAUGGAAAAACGAACUUUUUUUGUGUGUGUCUAUCACAUUAGAAUCUUUUUAGCAUAUUGAAACUUAAUUAUGUUCCCACUUAGUCUGAAGUUCACCUUUGAAAUGAUCACAUUGAACUUGAAUAGUUGGUGAAUAAAUCUUUCAGGCACAAGGAUUCGUCAAGGCUUAAUAAAUGGUAAAGACUUUAUCAAAAAAAAAAAACUUUACGGUCAAAUUUGUGCUACCUAAAACUCCAAACAAAGCAUACUUGAAAGUUUAUUGCACAGCUAUAUCUAGUCACCCUAUAUUGACUUUCCUUGUGGGUUUGUUUGUCUAUAGAUCAGGAGUGUCCAAACUCGGUCCUGAAGGGCCGCUUGUCUUGCCUCUUUUCCCUGCCGUCUGAUUGAAAUGAUCAGGAUCAUCGUUAUCAGGCUCCUUCAGAGCUUGCUGAUCAUUUUAAUCACGUGUCAGACGAGGGAGGCAGGACAGCAGCCCUUGAGGACCGGAGGUGGACAUGCUUGGUCUGGAUGUCUACAUGUUGGACAAGAAACAAACAAGCUGCUUUGCCGAAGAUUGUCUUGUGUUUUGUAUCAUGUUUUCUAUCGGUCCAAUCGUAGACCGAAAUGACUGUCCGGUGUGUUUGUGCGAGCAGCACCCUUUUCUAAAAUAAAAUGAAAAUAUUUUUUA